UUUUAGAAUGUCUGACAAUGAAACUGAUUCUUUAAUGAUGAUGCAUAUUUUAGAUUUUUCAAAUAUUCGAGAGUUUACAAUCGGAAAAGUGUGCCGAGAAAAGUAAUUUGACAAUUAUUAAAACAUUUUCGACGAGCAGAGUUCGCUCGAACAAUUCCAAUUAAUUACCGUAACGAAUAAAGUAGUAAAUGGCUGUUUCUGUUUGUUAUAUGCUGUUAAUUAAAAUGUCGAAGUUGAAGGACGCUUCCUAUAUUUUAAUCAACUUGAGGACUUUUUGAUACUCGUUCAUUUCUGUGAAAUUAUUACAAGUUUCUUUUGCAACCCUGGGUAAUUCCGGAUGAAAGGAAUCGCAGUCAAGGUGAAUGUCACUAUACGAUCCUUUCCUUUAAUUUUGAUGGAAAAAAGAAAUGGAAAAGGAAAGAAAAAUCCAUGAACACGUGUGCUGCUUGUUAAAAUUAAAAAGCAAAAUAAUUGCUUCAGUUUAGUGUAUAAUUUAGAGACUAAAAAUUUAGAAAACGAAAAUAAUAUGAGAUACAAAAUCACAUUAAAAUUGUGACUCUCUUCAUGGUCCGUCGUUCGAGGGUUAAAUUACAUAUCUGUCAUUAUAAUUAGUAAUACUUUUCUAUUUUUAUAAAAACCUUCAAGCUUAUUAGUAAAACAAGAUUCUAUUGUUAUUUAUACGCAAUUUUCUCCGUAUCUAAAUUGUAAUUGCAACAAUUCAAGGUAAUGAAAAUCUAAGGAAGCAAUUUUCAUUAUACCUUGACUAUUUCUUUUCUCCGUACUUAUCACCACGUGUGGUCUUAUAUAGUAACGUUUAAAUAAGACACUCUUUCAAUCCACCGCAAAUGAAAAAAAAAGUGACUGUCUGAAAUUGUUAUUUUGUCCAUCAAAUAAUUAAACGUAGGUAUCCAAUGUUACUUUAUUUGAAAUAAACUUCUAUCGGUUUUUAAGAAUAUUGUUUUCAGUUUUCCAACUAAGAUUUUAUAAAGUUUUUUUAAAUUACUCGUCGGAUAAGGAAAAGUAACCCCCACGAAAAAAUGGCGAUGGUUGUCCAUUUAAUUUCAUCGCCGAUCGUCCAAUUACGCGAGAUAGCGUCAGUGAGUCAUCAAUUCAAGAGACUGUAACGCAUUUGAAAAAGUCUCAAAAGAGGCGAAGACGAAGAACAUUUAUCAGGCUUAUCGGUUCGAUCUGAAAGGGUGAAGAAACACUGUUUAAACUGCACGAAGAUGAUGUGCUUGGACAUAAAGUUAGUCUCGCGUUUACGAGGAGUCUCGUCGACGAGUAGCGCGACGAACGUUUCGGCGACGACCCCCUCGUCGGCAACCUCGACCUCGUCGACGACCGCUUUUCUGGAGAAGUGCAAACGUGGCAAAGGAAGAAGAGAAAGCACCGGAGACGCGAGCUCGGUGACCGAGAGCGACAGCGAAGAGGAAACGUUGCCGAUCGGUCCUGAGAUGAUUCGUCGGAACAGAUCAAGAUCGGUUUGCGUGUCUGCAUUGUCGUCUAUGCACCAGGGGCAUCUGCGUCGACGAGCCAGCCACCAUGUGUCCACAAAUGAUACCAUUUCCAGGCGAGGAGUUCUUUCCAGACGAUAUUAUGGCAGCGUUGAAAUGCUACCGCAGAUAGAGCAAGACGGCUAUGACAAUGGGCGAAGAUUUCGAGUUGAGAACGGAGAUUCUCCUGGGGAGAAAGAGGAAAUGUUCGGAUCACCGAGUACACCGAUAUUGGAAAACCCUGAGUACCAAACGCGUUGGUACUUCAAGUACUUCCUCGGCAAACUACAUCAAAACUAUAUAGCUGCUGAUCCAGAAAGGAAUUGUCUAUUCUUGUCGGUGGUAACCAACGAAGUCAGCGAUCAAAGUGUACCACAUUACAGAGUGAUUUUAUGGACAAAAUCAGGCGCACAAAAGAUAUCGCUGCCAUAUUCUGCGAACAAAACGAUAACUAUAAGACAGAUCCUGAGUAAUUUCUUUGGAUUGGAUAAGCUUGACAAAGCUCCUCGCGAGGUUUUUGCGCCGGAGAUACAAAAAGAUCUGUUGCUGUUGGAGGAACAAGAGGGUUCUGUGAAUUUCAAAUUUGGCAUAAUAUAUGCAAAGAAAGGGCAAACCACCGACGAUGAGAUGUUGUCUAACGAAAAGGGUAGCCCUGACUUCGACAAGUUCCUUGAGAUCCUGGGCGAAAGGAUACGAUUGAAAAACUGGGACAAAUAUCGAGGUGGUUUGGACGUGAAAGGCGACAUGACGGGAAAAGAAAGUUAUUAUACAGUGUACGCGGGGCAUGAAGUUAUGUACCAUGUGAGCACGAUGCUUCCUUACUCAAAGGACAAUCCGCAACAGCUAGAGAGAAAGCGGCACAUCGGCAACGACAUCGUGAAUAUCAUUUACACGGACGACCCUAACGCGAUAGACACUUUCAACCCUAAUUGCAUCAGAAGUCAAUUUACACAUGUGUUUGCGGUGGUGUCAACCGAGGAUAAUGGCAAAGGAUGGCGAGUAGCCAUAUUUUGCGACGAAAGUGUACCACUGUUUGGGCCCAGUCUACCCUGUCCGCCCGUCUUCGAGGAUCCCUACACCCUGAGGGAGUUUCUUUUAGUGAAACUGAUAAACGGAGAAAAAGCGACGUUCAACACUCCAACGUUCGCCCAAAAGAGGGAGAGAACAUUGGACGCCCUGCUACGAGACAUGUACCAGGAACAUUCGCAGGAUAGCAAAAGCAACGCUCCAGGUCGACGUCGCGAGGAAACACGGGCCGUGGAGAUGGUGCAGGUCGGCCAGGCUUUGAAGUUGGAAGCGAUCGUUAGGGGUCUCGCGCCAACUUCUUUAGCCACAGCCGGACCUUUGAAGCCAAGACCGUGGGAGCCACGGUGCAUCUACCCGGAUUUUCCCCACGAAAUCGUCUGCGGUGACGUUUGGUUAGACAACAGGCUGAUCCUCGCCAGCGAGAAUGGAACGUUUCUGCUCGAAGACAGCAUAUCGCACAGAUUAAUCUUCGACGAGUCCGUGCAGAUCAAGCAACUGGACGUGGUGGAGCAACACGGUAUACUAUUGUUUCGUACCGGGGACAAAGGGAAAGAGAGCAACGUUUACGUGUUUCGUUUGAAAGAGUUUGAGAACAACACCGGUAACAGAUCUGCCGAAGUACCGAACGACCGUGAGGAGGAUCAGGACGGCGAAGACAACGGCGAAGAUGAGGAUGCCGAGGAUGACGGGGACGAGAGCGAGGACAAUGAUUGUGAUAAUUUUACAAGAGCCACAGCGAAAUUCAAGCCCGUCAUUCGUCGUACUCGCGCUCGUGUUCGUCCAUUGGCUGUCAGAGGACGAACCCACAUAAAAGAAAGAAAACUACCACGAACGAGAGGAUGCAAUUUAUACAGUAUUACCAUGCCUGGUGGUUCCCAUUUACGCAUGUGUGUGGUAGUUGGACGACGUUUGACGGUUCUACAGUGGAAACACAGUGCAGCAUGGACUGCAUGGUGUUCUGCAGCAGACACGGAUACCAUCGAUGGUUUUCUAUUUGUGAAGGAAUUCAACGUGAACGAAACCCCUUCUUUAGUGACAAUAAUGGAGAAUACGAAUAAUGAAUGGACGCUAUGCUGUGGCGUGCGACAUCAUUUUGAACUGAUCUCAUCUUCUGGAAGCACAAGAGUCCUUCACAUCGAAGGAACACCAAAGCCUCAUCUAGUGGCUGCCUUAAAUCUCUGUGAAGACGAGGAACCUGAACUACUGCUUUGUUAUAAUAACACCUGCCACUUUCAAAAGAUAUGGGAGGAGAGUACCACACCAACGGAAUUCGAUUUCAACUGGAAUUCUGUACCGGCAGCAAUAGCUUGUGCCUUUCCUUAUAUAAUUGCCUUCACUAACGAUACCAUGGAGAUACGGUUAAUCAUCAAUGGAAACCUGGUGCAUACGAUCGCAAUGCCCAAUUUGAAUCUGUUCACAUCCAAACAAGAUAUCUUCUUCUCGACGACAGCCCCGGAAUUUCUACCAGGCAAAUGCGAAAGAAUCCGGCUGGACACAAAGCCUGCGGACAAAGAAGAACCGGUUUCCAGUCCAUCUCCUUUCACACAAUCUUCGUCAUCGUCCCGAACUAAUCUGCAAAACAAUCAUGGUGAAUGGAAACCAAUAAGAAUCUAUCAAAUACCGCUGCAAACAUUGUCCAGAAGCACUCUGUCGAAUUGUUCGCAAAGACGGUGUCCCAGUCCGGCCGAACCGGAAGUCGUCUCUGCUCCACCAACCAGCGACAAGAGUUUCCUAAGCGUCGAACCUCAUCGGGCAUUGAGUAGAUCCUGCAGUAGCAGUCCAACGCCAACACCGACGAACCUGAUACCACCACGAAUCAGAAAAUAAAUAAAUUUUGAUAAUUUACUAAGAUUUUAACGGAUUGCAGGUACCUGAAGCUUGUGCCUCGGUAGGAUGAAGGAAACGCAGUCGUGUAGCUAGUUUUACUGCCGUUGCAACAGCAAUCGAGAUGCUACGUGCGAAAAGUGCCCUUGGCGUCUUUUAAGUGAAAGACUAUUGAAGCUAACUUUCUUUUAGAUAAAUGUUUAUCUGCCGAUGAAACUGUGUAAUGUUGAUCACCGGAGUAAAAUAUGGAAAAAAUAGGAAGUGGGUAUUUAGGAAGCAGAAUGGAUUCGUUAUUGACAGAUGGGGUACCAUUAUGCUAAAAGAAAAUCAGCUUUAUUUAAAGAAAAAUGAAAUGACUUCUAUUUAUACUUGUAUCAAAAAACUUGUAUUAAAAAAGUAUUCAUUUCCAUUCCAAAAGCAGUCUAUUUCCAUUUUCAACGGAAAAUUUUGGAAAAAGUGCAGUUUCUUAUAAGACGUUGCAAAAAACAAAACAUAAUAAAAUUUAAUUUACAACAAAAUUUGGUUGUGAAUUGGUUAAUCUAUUCUCCAGAUCCUAACUUAAUCGAAAGGUUUAGAAAAUUGUCUUUAACAAAUUUAUUAAAGUUCGUUCAUUGCUAAGUUUUUUUUUCUAGUUUUUCCUGUUAUAUUACAAGUAUGAAGUUAAGGUUUGUUAAAAAUAAAUUUUCAAAAUUUUAAUAAAAACAAAUUCUUUUUGAUUAGGUAUGUUCACUAUGUUGAAUUGUUAUGAAAAUAUUCUUGCUCUAACCGGAAAUAAAUACUGAUUUAUAGAUGGUUCAUAUAUAAAUAUGGAACAAAAUAUAGUAGUCAUAAUAGAACCGAUUUUCUUGGCUUAAUGAUACCCCUUUUUUUGUCUGACGGGCUGUGCUAAUUUACGGUUGUUAAAAAAAAAAUCGUAGCAUCCAUAUGGCUACGUGUAUGUAUAUACACACAUAAACAAAUAAUUAAUAAAAUGUAUGCUGUCGUUGAUCUUUUGCUGUGAAAUUUCUCACGCCGUUGUAUCGCCUAGCGAUUUUUUUCUGUCAUUUCAGAUUGUUCGGUUUCUACGUGUAUGUAUUUAUUGCAAAUAAAAAGAAAACAAAAAGCUGUAUAAUGAA